AUAAAAAAUAUGAAGAUGCAAGCAACAAGAGAAUUUCUUGCUGAACUCAAAAUCUUAACAAGCGUUCAUCACUGCAACCUGGUAAAUUUUCAAACAUAAAACAUGUUUUGUUAUUUUAUGAACUUACUUGAGUAAUAUCUGUGUCUGUUUGAACAUAUAUAGGUAUGUUUGAUUGGAUAUUGUAUUGAGGAAUCUCUAUUCCUUGUCUAUGAAUACAUGGACAAUAAGCCAACCUCUACAUAAUUCAGAGAGAGAACCGAUGCCAUGGUCUACCAGGUUGCGAAUUUCUCUGGAUGUAGCGAGAGGCCUUGAGUAUAUUCAUGAUCAUUCAGUGCCUGUAUAUAUCCAUCGCGACAUUAAAUCAGAUAGCAUUUUAUUAAAUGAAAACUUCACUGCAAAGAUUGCAGAUUUUGGAUUAACCAAGCUUACUGAUGUUGCAAGUUCAACAGAUAACACUAUUCAUGUGGCAGGCACAUUUGGUUACAUGCCACCUGAAAAUGCAUACGGACAUAUUUCUCGCAAAAUAGAUGUAUAUGCUUUUGGAGUUGUCCUUUAUCAACUAAUUUCUGCUAAAGAAGCUGUGAUCAAGAUCGAUAAACCUAGUACCGAGUUCAAAAGUUUUGAAAUUAAGACCGAUGACUCUAUUGAUGAAUACAAGAGCCUUGUAGCUUUGUUUGAUGAAGAGGGAGAUUCUAUAGAAGGUCAAAGAAAAAUGGUGGAUCCAAGGCUAGGAAAUAACUACUCAAUUGAUUCUAUUAACAAGAUGGCACAGCUUGCAAAGGAUUGCACAAAUCGAGAUCCGAAAAGACGUCCAAGAAUGAGAGUUGUUGUGGUUUCACUUAUGAAACUAAAUUCUACUAUUGAUGAUGGAAGUAUGACAAGUAGCGAAGCAUUGAGUCCCAUUAAGGAGCUUGAUGAACAAAACUGAAAUUUCACCUGUGCACCUGUGUAAUUUAAUACUAUUAUGUUAUGUACUAGUUGUAAAGAUUAUCAUAAGAAAAGAACCACUACUACAAUUUUAACUUACAAUAGCGCUAAUUUAAUAACACUUUUUAGUAAAGUGCUAUUAAAUAUCUCACACUAAAGCCUACAAUAGCGCUUUUUAUUGAAUGCUAUUAUAGCAGUCAACCUAUAAUAUCACUCUCUCCAAAACACUAUCAUUGUUUGCUAAGUAAAAAAAGAAAAAGGCCAAUAUUAGCGCUUCUAUAUUAAACGCUACAUUCAUGAACUCAAGCUCAUGAUCAAGCUCAUAGGAUCAAUCCUCAAUGACAUAAUAACGGUGAAGGAACAACAACAGAGGGGACAUAAAAAGUUGAAAAGUGAUGAAGAGGAUAAAUAUGGUUUCUUUAGUUAUAAGGUAUACCCUUUCACAUUUCAUUUUAGGGACUAAGUUAUGCAUAAAAAUGAUAGUAUCAGAAGUUUUUUAGGAAUCAAACUUAAUAUUUUGAAGAAUUCAGUUGAACCUACCAAGUAUGUUUCCAUUGAGUAUGAUGAUGGAAUAGCAAAGGUUCAUGUUCAACUAGUGUCUAAAAUGGCAUUAAGUUAUUUGUAUGAAUUAUAGGAUAUGAGUAGGUGAGUUUCUUUAUAAGAUUUGGACAUGUGGGUGUAGUUGUUAAUUUGUUUUAUAGUAAGAAAUUAGAUGAAUAAAAAGAUUGAAUUUUAUUGUGUUUGAUGAUAUUGA